UGCUUUUUACACCCGAUAACUGUAAUCUGACCGUAUUUACGAAUAUAUCCCAUUUCUAAUAACGAGGACGUGCCAGUCUCAGUAUCAUAUAGUAAGUGUGUACAGCGUGUGAUAAAAAAUAAUUAAAAAUUCGUUAAAUAUAUACAAAAAUGGCACCAAAAAAAUUUUUUGAACAUGAUUCAAUAGAAUACGUGAUGCUUUCGGACGAAACUUUAGAAGGUGGUUUAGAGGUGAUGAGAAAAUCAUUUUUUAUCGAUGAAAACGUUUGUAUAGCCGUUGAAUUAUACAAAUAUCCAAAAGCAGCUAAAGAACUCGAAGCUUUAUGCGUUCGAGCAGCUAAAGAUGGAGCUUCCAUCGUAGCUAUCGAUAAAAAAACGAAUCAAGUUAUUGGGGCAGCUUUUAAUAAAAUGCAAAUUAAAGGGAAUCCUGAAGAUAGUCAUUAUUUCGAAACGUUUGCAUCUACGUUAAAAGAGCCGGCUUCAAAAUCAUUGGUGAUGUUUAUGAAAGAAGCAGACGAAAGUUACAAUCUUUUCGAAAAAUGCGACGUAGAUUGCCUUUUAGAAAUCAUGUUUUUAGCCACAUUAAAGGAGUAUAGAGGGAAAGGGAUCGCCAAAAAACUUUGCGAAGCUACUAUUAUGUUGGGAAAAACUUUAUUAGCCGGUGACAAUAUCAAAGAAAGUAUUUCAAAUGAACCCGUUGAAUUGGAACCGCGCCCCAAGAUGACUUCUGCAAUCUUCACAUCUUACAUUUCCCAGAAAAUUGGGUCCACACUCGGAUUUCAACUUGCAAUCGCUUUGGAUUUUAACCGAUGGAGUUUUGACGGGAAAACUUACGGGGAACGCAUUGGACCUCUAACUCCAAAAACAACCCUAGAAUAUCUUCGGCUAUAAAAUUUUUUUAAAACUCAUUUAUUUUUGAUGUAUUUAAAAACGCUUUUACUAUAUCAAUUUUUGUAUCGAAUUGUAUUAGAAUAAUUGUAUACAUUGAUAUUGCCGACAUCAUCUGCAACAAAAAUAGAAAUAAAUAAAUAAAAAUAAAAAAAUUUUUCACUUAC